GAGAGAAGCAAAGCAAGCGACCCAGUAGAGGAAAGAGAAGAAACGCGAGUCGAGGGAAAUCCUCUACACACAAUCAAAGAGCGAAGGUCGCCGGUGUCGCUGCUCGUCAAACGGCGUGCAUGUCUUGCAGAGCAUCUUCGACGCAAGCCAUCGCGAGAGCUGAUGACCGGAAACAGCUCUUCUUCCUCUCUUCUUCUCCCUGACGGUCUCUGCCUUCUCUUCUUUCUUUUUCUCGCCUGUCCACUGUCUUUGGUGCCCUCUCUGCUCGCGUUCUUCCUUGCUGCUUGGAUUGGCGUCGUCUUAACCUCGACAGCUCCCUUUCUUCGAGCUGCCUCACUUCCUCCCUCUCGUCUCUCCAGUCUCCACGACAGUCUCCGGGUCGCCUACGGCUUGCCCGGCCUCUUUCGGACUUUCUUGCAGCCUUCCGAGAAACAACUGCGUCGCCGAAGAAGAACGACGGCGUCAAUCCGCCGCCGGCUCUAUUUCUUCCUCUUCUCGUCCGUCGUUGUCCUGUUGACUUCUCCCCCUCUCCCGGCUGCUGCACUCCCCGUUCCUGCUUUCGAAGUCCCAGCGAAUCCUCUCGUCGGCCGCGUUUCUUCUCGCGCUGUUCCCUUCGCGUCGACGCCUGCCUCCUUGCCGUCCAGCGCUCUUCUGGCUCCUCGACGUCCGUCCUUCCUCCUCUCGCCCUUCCCCGCUCCCCUCCACACCUCCUCCCAAUCUGCACCCGCUGUGCGGCUCUGCGAAUCCCCUUCUUCUUCUUCCUCUUCUUCUUCGCGUCGCUUGUCUCCUCUCCGCCCCGCCAUCACCAUGAAGAAGGCUGCGGCCGUCCCCGCAAAGAAGCAAACCUCCAUUCUGAGUUUUCUCAGCCGCAAGGACGACACCCGCGCGCCGUCGUCCACGAAGACUGGAGACUCGAGAGCAGACGCGACGGCGAAUCUGCUUGCAGGCCUUGCUCCAGAGGAGAGUGCGGUGCCCCUGCGAAAGCGGCAGUUGCCGGCGAGCGCCGCUGCUUUCUCUCCGUCGGCCAAGAAAAGAAGAGAAGGCGGCUGCGAGCGCGAGGAGACAGAACGCGCUGAAGUCCCUCAGGAAGACGCCAGAAGAGAGGCGGUCGCGAGCCUGAAGGACCAAGAGGCUUGCCUGGUGGAAGACGCGCCGGAGGUGAUCGGCAGCGACGGGAGGCGCAGAGGACGGCUGAGGAAAGAACUCGAGAGAGACGCGGAAAACGACGUCAACGAAGGCAAUGGCCAGUCGAACGCAGCGACAGAAAACGUCGAAACGGGCGUCCACGCUGAGGCGCAGGCAGACCGCCACACACACACAAACGAAGACGCCGAGGAUGACCCUGUCAGCGAGGCAGUCAGCGACCGAGAGUCGAUCGACUCUGACUCUUCAGUGGCGUCGUCUCGCGAUGCGUCGCACCCCCGAGGGGAUGUAAAGAAAGUGUCGGCGUCGUCUGCGGCUGGGCGUCGUGCGUUGGAGAUGCUACAGAAGAAGAAGCGAUCGCCUGGCUCUGAGAAGAGGAAAGCAGCGCUCUUCUCCGACAGCGAGGACGCGGCCGCCGGCUCGAUGUCCGAGGACGAGGGGCGCCACGAAGCCAGCAAGGCCAAGAAGUCCGUUCUGGAAGCGCUUGCAGAGCGCAAAGGAGAGUCGCGAGAGGAGACCGCGAACGAGGAAACGAGGAAGGAGAAGAAGCGCGAGGCUCCCCAAGAGAAGAAGAGCACGACGAGGAAGAAGAAAUCCGAGGACGACGAACAGCUGAAAACUGGCACACUCUUUGCCGUGCGUGUCUUGGGGAAGGACUCUUCCGCCGACCUCUCCUCGCCUCUCUUCGACCCUGCGGCUGUUCCCCUCGCGAGCGUCUCUGCCAAGAAGUCGGAGCGUUCCUCGAAGAAGGAACCUGUCGACGACUCACCCCCCAUUCUCUUCGAGGCACUCGUGAACGCAUUCGAUAAGAUCGAACAGAUGAAGGCGAGCGGGACAGGCAGCAACAAGAAGCAGACAGUUGUGCUAACGAAUCUGUUUCGCCUUUUGCUUUUCUACGCGCCCAAGACGCUCCACAAAGCGAUCUACAUUUGCCUCAACAAAGUGGCGCCCGACUACCUGGGGCAGGAAGUCGGCGUCGGAGAGUCGCUGAUCCUCAGGGCGAUGGCAGAGACCUACGGACGCACAGAAGCGCAUCUGAAAAAAGAGUUGCAACACAUUGAGGACUUGGGGAAGAUUGCGGAGCAGAGUUCAUGCAAGACGCGGACUCUCUUCCCUCCUCCUCGCCUCACGAUUGACGGCGUCUUCGACCAGGUGAAGGCGAUCAGCCAGUGUGCUGGGAAGGACAGCCAGGUGCAUAAACGCGAGUUGCUGAAGCGUCUGCUCGUCGGAGGAAAGGGAUCGGAGCCAAAGUACAUCAUUCGCUUUCUUCAACAAAGAAUGCGCACUGGCGCCUCCACUGCGACAGUUUAUCAGGCACUUGCCUUUGCAUGCUUCCUCACGCAUAACGCCCGCAACGGACGCCCUGCCAUCGGUGACACACGCCGCUACGUUCCUUCCCCAGAAGAAACCAGCAAAGAUCCUUCCUCGUCUCCUUCCUCUCCUUCCUCGUCUCCUUCCUCGUCUUCUUCCUCGUCUUCUUCCUCGUCUUCCUCGUCUUCUUCGUCUUCUGCUCCGUUGCCUUCUUCGAUGAGCGCGGUCGAGCUGGAGUCUCACCUGUCGCGGAUGGAGCAGAGCGUCCGUCGAGCUCUGUGCGAAGUUCCAAAUGUGGAGGUUGUGGUGGGGCAUCUGCUCCAGGGGGCAGACGCCGAGGCACUUUCGUCGCUCUGCGUAGCGACACCCGGAAUUCCCUUGCAGCCCAUGUUGGCUCGGCCGACGCGCGGAUUCGAGGAAGUUAUGGAGCGACUGAAGCAGACCGAAUUUACGUGCGAAUUCAAGUACGACGGCGAACGCAUUCAGCUUCACCUAGUCAGCGAACAAGCGGCGAAACGAACCCCGGGGCUGUGUCCUUCCUCAACAGGCGCUUCUGCUUCUUCCUCGGCAGGCGCUUCUGCCUCUUCCUCUCCACCGGCGUCUGCGUCUUCUGCCUGUGGGCCGCUGCGGAAGAUCUCUCCGACUCGCGUGCGGUUGUUCAGUCGCAACUUGGAGGAGAUCACGCAAAAGUAUCCCGACGUCAUCGACAUGUUUCUCGCCUCUCUCCAACCGACCACGGAGGAGUGCAUUCUCGAUGGGGAGGUGGUGGCUUACGACGAGGAGAACCGGACGAUUCUCCCCUUCCAGACUCUCACAAGGAGGAAGCGAAAGGGCGUCGAAAAAGACGGCAUCGAAGUGCGUGUGGCGCUCUUCCUCUUUGACUGCAUGCGCCUGAACGGCGAGUGUCUUCUGGGCAAGACCCUCGAGGCGCGCCGCGAAAAAAUGCGGCAAGCCAUCGACUUUGAACGCAGUCCUCUCGUCCAACAGGCGGCCUACAAGGACAUCCGUGGAGCCCAGGACUUCGAGGACUUCCUCACGGAAGCAAUUGAAGGCAACUGCGAGGGGUUGAUGGUCAAAACUCUCAGAGAAAAUGCCACCUACGAACCGUCCAAGCGCUCUCUUAACUGGCUCAAGGUGAAGAAAGACUAUGUCGACGGACUCACGGACUCGGUGGAUCUCGUCCCCAUCGGUGCGUGCUACGGAAAGGGGAAGCGAAGUGGAACUUUCGGCACCUACUUGCUCGCCGUGUACAAUCCCGCAGAUGAAACGUUUCAGACCGUUUGCAAAGCAGCAACGGGUUUCAGCGAGGAGGCGCUUCAACAGCACCACAAGGCUCUGAGUGACCGCAUCAUUUCACACAAAAAACCUUACUACGAUGUGUCUCCGAAGCUUGAAGCAGAUGUGUGGUUUGAGGCCUGCCAGGUUUGGGAGUGCCGAGCAGCCGACUUGUCAAUUUCCCCUGUCCAUACAGCUGGAAUCGGAGAAAAGUCUCCUGAUAAGGGUAUUGGUCUGCGCUUCCCGCGAUUCUUGAGAGUCAGAGAAGACAAGAACCCCGAACAGGCGACGACAUCGACGCAGAUUGUCGAGAUGUAUACAAAUCAGUUUCGGCAGAACAAAGUUCACGGUGGCAGAACCAACGCAGAGAGAGAGGAGGAAGAAGUGGAAGACGAGAGUGAGUCCGAGGAGCAAAGGAAGGAGGAUUAGGCGAAACGGAGACACGCACGAUGGAGAGUGAGACAGUCCCUCUUUUACUACGUACUCUGCAGAAACAGCUUACCAACGAUUUUGUCUCAGAGGUCCGUUCUGAACGGCAUAUACGCCGAUCGAGACGAUGGGAAAAGUGCGUGAGGUGGAAGAACACGGGGAGAAAACGCGAGAAAACCCCCGAAGUGUGAGCGCGUAAAACGCAAAAGUGGAAAUCGCAAAAACGAACGUGGGGAACAGAAACAGGGCUAUGUUCCUGCUUUCAGAGAGAUCGACUCAAAGCAAUGCAGCAGCUCUAUUUCGAAGAACGUUUUUCGACUUU